GGAAAUCAAACAAAAAGCAGUAGAAGAAGAACCGUCCUUCUGGUUCCGGUCUUACUGGAGCAAACAUGGCGACCGAGGGAGACGUCGAUCUGGACCUGGAAGCUGAGGAGAACUGCACCGGGAAACCGGCGGAGAAGCCCCGCAAACAUGACAGCGGCGCCGCAGACCUGGAGAGAGUCACAGACUACGCGGAGGAGAAAGAGAUCUCCAGCUCCGACCUGGAAACGGCGAUGUCAGUGAUUGGAGACAGACGGUCACGAGAGCAGAAAGCCAAACAGGAAAGAGAAAAGGAGUUGGCCAAAGUCACCAUCAAGAAAGAGGACGUAGAACUAAUUAUGUCUGAGAUGGAGAUUUCGAGGGCGGUGGCCGAGCGCAGUCUAAGGGAACACAUGGGGAACGUGGUGGAAGCUUUGGUCGCUCUCACUAAUUGAACAUUUACCAAAUGGACUACAGUGAUACUGAACUAAUCCCAGUGGUUAAACUGCAAAUCCUUUUUGUUUUUCAUUUUUUAAAUAAAGUUUGACAUUCGGCUUUCUUC